GGUAGGCUUUGUUGUGUAGCACAUGCAUGCACGUACACAAUUAAGGUGUAUAGAUCUAAUGGCCCCUCAAUCUGUUUGAUAGAUAGCUGUAUUUAGUUUAAAGUAUAUAUAUAGGAAAUAACUCAGUAGAUACUAUAGCCUGUGUGUAAAUUCUGCUACAAUGAAUGUCUCUGUGGACAACAUGUCUUCCUUGACUUGUGAGGAGAGACGUUACAUUGGUAGAACAACUGUGGACUUUGAUACAGAGGCCAUCUUACGCUACCUUCUCGUGGGAUACCUCAUACUCCUAUUCCCAUUUUCAGUAUGUCUCAACGGAUUUCUCAUUAUUCUCAUGGCAACGAUCAAGUCACUACACCAGACUGUGUACUUUCUAGCUCUUCAAGUAGUUGUGCUUGAUUUCGGAUUAUCAAUAUUUGUACUACCAAUCACAAUUGCAAAUGCAAUUGCUGGAAAAUGGACAUUUGACCCUACAUUUUGUUCGCUGUCAAUCUUUGUUAUCCAUUUAAUCAGAAUGACACGGUAUUGGUUGAUGUUUGUAUUUGUGAGCGAUCGAUUUGCCUCGGUAUUUUUCCCAUUCUCGUAUUUACAAUACCAGAAAAAGUUUGUGAUCAUCCUGUCCAUAAUGGCUUGGGCUAUUUCACUCUCUUUUGCUAUUUUGCCUGUGGCUCUUGACUGUGAAGUCUUUAGUCGUGUUGCUUUUUAUUGCACUGGUGGCAAUGGUUGCACGAACACCAAUGUCUGUCAGUCUUCCAGAUUAGUAACAGUCACUUUGACAAAUAUCAUGGGAAGCUUUGUACCACUUGUGCUCUAUAUAAUCCUAUUCCUGAAAGCAAAAAUGUUACAGAAAUCUAUUAUCGUACCCAACUGUGACGGUGAUGAUUCAAAUCGCAGAAACAAUGCUCGCCACAAUACCACAUUCUUUUGCCUUUUUCUCGCAUUAUUUGGGGUCAACGUAAUUCCAUUCUCCUUCUUUAUACUUGGAAAUUCCAUCCUCAACACCCUUUCGAUCCCUCCUCCUUCACAGUAUGUCAUUACAACCAUAAUUUUUAGAUCGUUGUACAAUAUUCUGCCAUUAAUUGAUGCCAUCGCCAUAAUAAGAAACAGUGAUUUUCGACAGGCUAUCCGUUUAUUCAAAUCGAAACUUUUGGUUAAACGAAACAGAUUUGUUACUCUGCUAAGAAGAAUGGACUCAGUUUAACAUUAGUAGCUGGCAGUGCAUGUAGAUCUCAUUGAUGUUAGUGUGAUUUGCAAGUAGUGUAUCCAGCUGCAUUGUAUAUACCGUAUAAUUAUAUAUCGGGUAUAUAUUU